AUGGAUCGUGAAGCGCUGAUUCAUUUUGUCGGUGGCGCUGUUGGUGGUACAACGGGUACCGCCAUCACGUGCCCACUGGAAGUUGUCAAAACUCGAAUGCAAUCGUCAAAAGGUUUUGAUUCGACGAUUGGAAAUGGGCCGAGCACAUCUACCGGUAAGGAUAGAAAAAAUAGAAAAAAACUAAACGAAUAUGUUCAAGGUUCACCACAAUCGAAAUCGUCGAAAAAUGGGGGAUCUCUGAAAACGGUGUCUCAUCGAAACGGUUAUGGUUCGAAUUUUCGCCUUCGCGGACAAUACGCGAUGGAGCGACUCGUUUCGCCGAGACAUCAAGGUUUAGACAUUGCGCGACUAUUCAACAAUGAGCCAACAACAAGUACCAAAAUGCUCCUUCAACAUUGCUCGAGGAAUUUUGCUUCGUCUGCCGAGUCUAAAUCGAAACCACUUCCUGGAACUCUUGUUUUUCGUUACAUGAUGCAAAUAGUCAAAACUGAGGGUGUUACUGGGCUUUAUAAGGGUCUUAUUCCGAAUUUGAUUGGCGUUGCGCCAUCCAAAGCGGUUUAUUUUUACACGUACUCGACGUCGAAACGAUUUUGGAACGAUCGCCAGACGUUUGUGCCGAACUCGGCGAUCGUUCACAUGGUGAGCGCCGGCUCAGCGGGAUUCGUCGCUGCAUCUGUAGUGAAUCCAAUAUGGCUUGUUAAAACUCGCCUCCAAUUAAAUAAGGAGUCGAUCGGCAUCUGGGCAAUGAUCAAACGUGUAUAUCACAAGGAAGGCAUUCGCGGAUUUUAUAAGGGUGUAACUGCUUCGUAUGCCGGUGUUUCUGAAACAAUGAUCCAAUUUUGCAUUUAUGAGUAUUUCCGAAGUGUGUUGCUUACAAAAGCAAAUGAAUUUGAUAAAGGAAAAAUGGAUUUUCUAAAUUUUAUGGUUGCCGGGGGUUCGGCGAAAUUCAUUGCGUGCGUUUUGGCUUAUCCGCAUGAAGUCGUCCGCACUCGUCUUCGUGAGGAAUCCGAGAUCAAGCGCGGAUUUUUCGAUACAUUGUAUCAAUUAUACAAAGAAGGAUAUCGAGCAAUGUAUCGUGGCUUGUCGGUUCAGCUAAUGCGAACCGUUCCAAACACGGCAAUAACAAUGGGCACUUAUGAAUUCGUCGUCUACAUACUGCAUCAUUUCUAA